AUGGGGGCGCAGGACCGGCCGCAGUGCCAUUUCGACAUCGAGAUCAACCGGGAGCCGGUUGGUCGUAUUAUGUUUCAGCUCUUCUCAGACAUAUGUCCAAAAACAUGCAAAAACUUCCUUUGCCUAUGCUCAGGGGAGAAAGGCCUUGGGAAAACAACUGGGAAGAAGUUAUGUUAUAAAGGUUCUACAUUCCAUCGUGUGGUUAAAAACUUUAUGAUUCAGGGUGGGGACUUCAGUGAAGGUAAUGGAAAAGGUGGAGAAUCAAUUUAUGGUGGAUAUUUUAAAGAUGAAAACUUUAUUCUCAAACAUGACAGAGCGUUCCUUUUGUCAAUGGCAAAUCGAGGGAAACAUACCAAUGGUUCCCAGUUUUUCAUUACCACAAAACCUGCACCACACCUGGAUGGGGUACAUGUUGUUUUUGGACUAGUUAUCUCCGGUUUUGAAGUAAUUGAACAAAUUGAAAAUCUGAAAACUGAUGCUGCAAGCCGGCCUUAUGCAGAUGUGCGAGUUAUUGACUGUGGGGUGAUUGCCACAAAAUCAACAAAAGAUACUUUUGAGAAGAAAAGGAAGAAACCAACUCAUUCAGAAGACUCAGAGUCAUCCUCUAAUUCCUCUUCCUCUUCUGAAUCAUCUUCAGAAAGUGAAACUGAGCAUGAGAGAAGCAAAAGGAGGAAACAUAAGAGAAGGCCGAAAGUUAAACAUUCUAAAAAGAGACGAAAGGAAGUGAGUGGUUCAGAAGAGCCAAGGAAUAAACAAAUAGGGAGCCCAAAAGGUCACUCUGACAGGAGUGAUACCAAUGAAAAGAAGUCAGCUGAUUCAAAUGCUAAAAGAGAAAAGCCUGUGGUCCGCCCAGAAGAGAUUCCUCCAGUGCCUGAGAACCGAUUCUUACUGAGAAGAGAUAUGCCGGUUGUCACUGUGGAACCCGAACCGAAGAUUCCUGAUGUUGCACCCAUUGUAAGUGAUCAGAAACCAUCUGUAUCAAAGUCUGGACGGAAGAUUAAAGGAAGGGGCACAAUCCGCUAUCACACACCUCCACGAUCAAGAUCCUGUUCUGAAUCAGAUGAUGAUGACAGCAGUGAAACACCUCCUCACUGGAAAGAGGAAAUGCAGAGGUUAAGAACAUACAGACCACCUAGUGGGGAAAAAUGGAGUAAAGGAGAUAAGUUAAGUGACCCCUGUUCAAGCCGAUGGGAUGAGAGAAGCAUGUCGCAGAGAUCCAGAUCAUGGUCCUAUAAUGGAUAUUAUUCAGACCUUAGUACAGCAAGACAUUCUGAUGGUCACCAUAAAAAACACAGAAAAGAGAAAAAGGUGAAGCACAGAAAGAAAGCCAAAAAGCAGAAACGCUGCAGAAAGCACAGACAGACAAAGAAGAGAAGGGUUGUUUUACCAUCUGACGUAGAAUCCUCAAAAUCUUCCACCAGACAAAUGAAAUUUUCUUGUGAUAGAGAAAGGCGAUCUCGUUCUUCCUCUUUAUCAUCUCAUCACUCAUCCAAGAGAGACUGGUCUAAAUCUGAUAAAGAUGACCAGAGCUCUUCAACUCAUACCAGUAGAGACUCAUACAGAUCGAAAUCUCACUCACGGUCUUAUUCUAGAGGAAGCUCCAGAUCAAGGACUGCAUCGAGAUCUUCGUCACAUUCUCGAAGUAGAUCAAAGUCCAGAUCUAGUUCAAAGUCAGGGCACCAGAGGACAGCAUCAAAAUCACCAAGAACAGCCUCUCAGUUAAGUGAAAAUAAACCUGUUAAAACAGAACCUUUGAGAGUAACAGUGCCACAAAAUGAAAGUAUAGUAGUCCAGCCAGUGGUGGCAGAAAAUAUUCCUGUAAUACCAUUGAGUGACAGUCCCCCCCCUUCAAGGUGGAAGCCCGGACAGAAACCUUGGAAGCCCUCUUAUGAGCGAAUUCAGGAAAUGAAAGCUAAAACAACCCACUUGCUGCCCACCCAAAGCACUUACAGCUUAGCAAAUGUGAAAGAAACUGGUAGUUCAUCAUCCUACCAUAAAAGAGAGAAACAUUCAGAAAGCGAUCGGAGUGCUUAUUCAAAAUACAGUGAUAGAAGUUCAGAGAGUUCACCAAGGUCAAGGAGCAGAUCUUCUAGGAGUACAUCUUAUUCCAGAUCAUAUACAAGGUCACGUAGUCUAGCUAGCUCACACUCAAGGUCUAGGUCUCCCUCGUCUAGAUCUCAUUCACAAAAUAAAUACAGUGAUCAUUCCCAGUAUAGUAGAUCAUCUUCAUACUCUUCUGUUAGCAGUGAUGAUAGAAGACAAAACAAGAGGAAAUUCAGAUCAAGUGGGAAAAAAAAAAAUGCUUCAAAUAAAAGGCACAGCAGCAGCUCUGAAAAGACACUCAGCAAGAAAUAUGUCAAAGGCAGAGAUAGGUCUUCAUACAAGAGAAAGUAUAGUGAAAGCAGGUCAUCUUUAGAUGAUUUUUCAGACAGUGAACAGUCAAGUAUUCAGGUUGUACAAUCAGCCCAGGAAAAAGAGAAGCAGGUCCAAGUGGAAGUAAUUGGUAAUAAACAAGAAAAGAAGAAAGAUGAAGAGAAACCCAAACCUGAACGGGAAUGUCCUCGUUCAAAAAGAAGAACUUUGAAAGAGAAUCUUUCUGAUCACUUUAAAAAUGGUAGUAAGCCCAAAAAGAAAAAUUAUGCUGGGAGCAAAUGGGACUCUGAAUCAAAUUCAGAACGAGAUGUAACUAAAAACAAUAAAAAUGAUUCCCGGCAGUCUUCUGAUAAGGAAGAAGGUGAGGCCACAUCAGAUUCUGAAUCAGAGUUGGGUGAAAUUAACAUCAAAGCCAAACCCACAACAAAGUCUUUAGCAAAUACUUCACUGCCUGAUGACAGUGCUGUUUGGAAACCAGGUAAACAGCGGUCAUCAACUUCUGAUUCUGGGGGAUCCUGUUCCAAUCCUGAAAACAUGCGAGGAAAGGCACGGAAGCACAAACAUGGGCCAAAGGAAAACCUUAAAAAGGAACACACCAAAAAAAUGAAAGAGAAAUUGAAAGGGAAAAAAGACAAAAAGCACAAGGCUCCAAAACGAAAACAGGCAUUUCACUGGCAGCCUCCAUUAGAAUUUGGGGAAGAGGAGGAGGAGGAGAUUAAUGAAAAGCAAGUUACCCAGGAGUCAAAAGAGAAAAAGCAAGUUUCUGAAGAUGGUGAAACCAUAAAAGAUAACAUUCAGAAAACUGAGAAGUCCUGUGAAGACAACAUUGUUUCAGGUAAACACAAUACAGUGACUAUUUCAUCAGAUCUUGAGCAGCAUACUAAAGAUGAUAGUAAAUGCAGCAUUUCUCCUGUGGUUUUAAAUACUGAGGAAAAUGUAGCCAGUUCUCCCCAAAACAUCCAGCAUGUUGAAGAGAGUGUCCUGAGCGGAGUGGAGGAUGUGCUUCAAACAGAUGAUAACAUGGAGAUUUGCACUCCUGAUAGGAGUUCCCCAGCAAAGGUAGAGGCAGCAUCCCCUCUAGAAAAUUCAAAGUUUGACACCUCGGAUGGGACCAUUGUUCUAAAGCAGGAGGUGCAGAUGGAGCAUUCUGAGGCAGAGGUGGGAAAACAGGAAAGUGGUGUGUCUGAAAGUAAAACGACAAGUGAGGUGGGGAAACAGGAUGGCAGCACUGCCAGCAUAGCCAGUGCUGCAGAAAGUACUACGAAGAGGGAGGUGGCCGAGAAGAGCCAGGUCAGCCUUGUGGAUAACAAAUGGAAGCCCCUACAAGGUGUGGGGAACCUGGCAGCACCAGCUGUUACCUCAUCCAGUGCCGUGGAAGUUAAGGCAUCGACUGCUGUGCCUGAAAUGAAACCACAGGGCUUGAGAAUAGAAAUUAAGAGUAAAAAUAAAGUUCGGCCUGGAUCUCUCUUUGAUGAAGUAAGAAAGACAGCACGCUUAAACCAGAGGCCAAGAAAUCGGGAGAGUUCAAGUGAUGAGCAGACGCCUAGUCGGGAUGAUGACAGCCAAUCUAGGAGUCCAAGUAGAUCUCGAAGUAAAUCUGAAACCAAAUCAAGACACAGAACAAGGUCUGUCUCCUAUAGUCAUUCAAGAAGUCGAUCGCGAAGUUCCACAUCGUCUUACCGAUCAAGAAGCUACUCAAGAAGUCGGAGCAGGGGAUGGUACAGCAGAGGUCGCACAAGGAGCCGGAGCAGUUCCUACCGCAGUUACAAAAGUCAUAGGACGUCCAGCAGGAGCAGAUCCAGGAGCAGCUCGUAUGAUCCCCAUAGUCGAUCCAGGUCCUACACUUACGAUAGCUACUACAGCAGGAGUCGGAGUCGAAGUAGAAGCCAGAGGAGUGACAGUUACCACCGAGGCAGGAGUUACAAUAGGCGGUCCAGGUGUUGUAGAUCUUACGUCUCUGACAGUGAAAGUGACCGAAGUUACUCUCAUCACCGGAGCCCCAGUGAAAGCAGCAGAUAUAGUUGA